AUGUCGUCAGAUACACAACUCACCAAAAUCACGAGCGAGCAAGUGCGUUUCGACAAACAAAUAGUUUCGAAAAUCUACAAGAUCGAUUUCACCGAAAACACUUUUGAGUUGACCGACUCGGAAGCACUUGACGUGUCCAACUUCACACAACAGUUGGAUGGGAAGGAACGUAAAGAAAUGAUAGUGAGUUCGAUUUCCAAAAACGAUCCAAUGUCUACGGUCAUUAACGAAGGCAAAACGGAAAAGAAAACAGUAUCCACUAUUAAUGAUUUCGAAAAUACCGCACAAAAGAUAGAUAUCUCUGAAAUGAAACAUGAAUAUAAUGAUGUCAACAAGAAAAGUGUAUCAAAAUCUUACUUAAUUGAAUCAUCGCAAUCUUCUGUUAUGACCGACCAAGAUUUGCUACAAUAUCAGGUAUCUAACAAAAGUGAUUCAAAUCGUAUAACCGAGAACUCAAGUCCAGUGGAAGAUUAUACGGUCUGCAGAGUUAAUGUCAAAAAUGAUGACUUAGAGAUCUCUAAAGAUUUAGUCAUUGGGAACAGCACUAAGGAAAUAAAAGGAAUAGUGAGCAGUUUGGUCACUGAAGACAGUGCAAAGGAAUUAAAAGAUACAAGGGAAAAUGUUAAUUCAUUCACCAAAGACAGCACAAAAGAAAUAAAGCAUACAUCAAAAGUAAUAACGGACCUAGUCACCAAUGAUACCAUAAAAGAUGUAAAAUAUACUGCUUCAGAAUUAGUCACUAAAGUCGGCACAGAGGAAGAAAAAGAAACAUUGAAACAAGUUACAAAAGUAUAUACAUCUAACGAUGAACGGAAAACUGUUUCUGUUGCAAAAAAAUUCAAAAAAUAUGUAAGAGAAGAUACGGAAGACAGCACUACUGACUUAUUAGCUUCAGACAAAAAGGAAAUAAAAGCAUCUUAUAACGCUGCUAAUAAAACAGAACUUCCUACAACAACUAUAAACUACCACAAUUUCGACAGACAAUCUUCAUCACAAACAGCUGCUGUCAAAGCUACCGACGACUCUUAUGAUAUGACGAAGCAAACUUCCGCCCCGCGGAUCGCUAAAACCGCAAAAUCAGAUGUCAACGGCAAUAGAACAGAUCACGACGAAGAAACAUACAAAAUAUACUCCGACGUCUUCACUAAAAUCUCUGCGGCGCGUAAAAUAUCGACUGGAUACGAAACUAAAACUGAAAAGAAUACCGUAGUCGAGGAACCCGGUACGAAAACAGACACGGUGAGGGAUAUGUCCGUACCAGAAAACGAAAUCGAUUCGGAGGAGAACAUACCGAUUUUAAGAGGGAAGGUCAGUAGAAUCAUUAGAAGGAUAAGCUCUAUCGAUAAUUCGAAGGUAGACGAGAGUAAGGUCGUAAAAGACGUGCCGAAGAAGAAGACGAUUUUGUCCAGAAUCGCCAUGUUUGAGCGUGACGAGCCAAAUGAACCAUACCCAAAGGUCCCAAUGCCGCAAUCAGAAUCAAAACAGCCUCGUGGUCUCGCUGCUCUACGACAAAUUAGCAGAGACUCAAGGAGCCCUAGAAUUGUGGACGAAAUAUUCAAAGAAUACAGUGAACGUAGAAAAUUUAAUAGUACCUCGAACUUAACAAACACAAAUAAGCAUGAAGAAGAAAUAACAAUAGAAAUUAAGAAUGAAAAAGAUCUAAAUCGAUCCGAUUCCACAUUUAAAUCCAAACUAUACGACUAUAAAACAGUCAAGGACUUUAGCGAACUGCAAGUUGCAAAGACCCAACUUAACAGAUCUUCUCGAGAAGAUGUGAGAACAGAAGGGAAACUACUUGAGGUAGAAAAGACUACUGUCAGCUCUAGCAGUCCCUCACCUACGAACGGUACAAAUCCACAAGAAAUUGAAGAAAAAAGAUCACAAGCAAGUUCAGAAGGAAAACUUUUUAACGGACAGUAUGAAUCAAGUUUUAAAAUCACCAAUAGCGUGACUAUAAGUAAAACUAAUAUUUCACAGGAAGAUUUAAACGCACUUAAACACUCUUAUACAACGAAAACAGAAUUAAGAAAAGAAAAGUCCAAGGUUCUCGACGAAAAUACAUUUGUUGCCCCAAUAUCUGAUAGCGUACAACUCAAAGAAUCGUCGAGAACUAACGGAAAUGAGACAAUCGAUUCAUCAUACAAAGACGUUACCAAAGAAUUUAGAACGACAGAGAAGACGGAGAGAAUAAGAGAAGUGCGGAGAAGAGAUUCUGAUUUAAGAAGGGCUACCUCAGUUGUAGAACAGGAUUUGGGCGAUGUCAUCAAAGGGAAGGUGAAAGGGAUCAUUACGAGGAUUAAUUCUAUGGAGAGGAUAGAACAGACGUCAAAGAAGAUAGAAGACAAAGAAAGACCCAGGGGAUCAGUAUCGGAGAGGAUCGCUAUGUUCGAGGGUAAGGUGUCCACAGCGAAAGCGGAGAGGAGCACAGUGGUGCGGAGGACGUACAGGGCCGUGGAAACCGUACCCCAGGAAAUCGACGAGGAAGCGUGCUCAAAAAGAAUAGCAGAGCUGAAGGAAGCGAAGAAUACUUACGGAUCGACGAGUUCAAGCUACAUGGAGCUAAGGGACGGCACCAAGAUGCCUGUGAUCGCUUUGGGCACCGCUUUGAUUGACAAGCGUCUGGUGAGGCACGUCGUGGAGGCGGCCAUCGACCUGGGCUACCGCGCCAUCGACACCGCCUUCAUCUACGGCAACGAGAGGGAGGUAGGCGAGGGGAUCAACUCGAAGAUCCGCGAUGGAACGGUCAAAAGGGAGGACCUCUACAUCAUCUCCAAGCUCUGGAGCACCUUCCACCGGCGGGACCUGGUUGAGCGCGCUUGCAGGGCCUCGUUAGAGGCCAUGGGUCUUACCUAUUUCGACCUAUAUCUCAUACAUAACCCUAUGUCCCUAAAGGAGGGCGGCGACCCGCUGCCGAAGAUAGCGAACGUGCUGCAGUUCUCCGAGCACGACUUCAUGGACGCGUGGUACGGGAUUGAAGGUCUGGUCUCCGGCGGGCUGGCGGUCAGCGGGGGCCUCAGCAACUUCAACUCGGAGCAGGUGCACAGGGUCGCGGACAAGGGGCGGCUGAAGCCGGUGGUGAAUCAGGUGGAGUGCCACCCCUACCUCAGCCAGGACCGGCUCUCCGGCUUCUGCGAGGCGUUCGGCAUCAAGCUGGUCUGCUACGGCGCCUUAGGGUCCAAAGGCACCCCGAAGGCGUUCAAGAGCGCGCUGCCACCAGCCAUCGAGGACCCCCUCGUGCAAGUGAUGGCCGCCGGCUUGGGGAUCACGCCGGCCCAGCUGCUGCUAGCGUUCCAGGUGCGGAAGGGCCGGGCCGUGGUGGCCAAGGCCUCCAGCGCCGGCCGCCUGCACGAGAACCUACUAGCGCAGAGGGUGCCCCUGGCGGCUGGCCAAUUGACCGCCCUGAGUGCCCUCGACCGCCACAAAAGGACCUACACCCUCGAGGGCUUUGGCGAGACCCACAAAAACUAUCCUUUCAAAAUUGCCUUU